GCAUUAGCAAAUUCAAUGUGUUGUGUGAAAGUAAUAUGAAGAAAUGUAAUAAAGUAAAAGGCGAGAACAAAUCUAUCACAGUGAAUAAUCUAAAGUAGAAUUUUAGUGUCGAGAUCUUAAGACUAUAAAGUGAAAGAGAGAGAGACAGAGAGAGAGAGAGAGAGAGAGAGAGAGAGAGAUCCUAUUCCUCCCACUAGCACACUGGAUUUCACAUCUACAUUGGUUGCAGGGCAAGGGGACCCCAGCCACACCCCCUGACUAUAAAUCCGAGGCAUAAGGAAACACUCGGCUAAAAUCACAUGUGUGGAGGAUCUGGAGCUCACACACUCAUUCACUCCGAUACACAUGCACAUGAGUGAGGAAGCUCCUUGGCAUGCUGUUAUUCUAAAUAAUAGAUGACGGUAAAGAGAAGUUUUUUAUGAAUGAGUCAGAAGUGACUUGGUCAAGCAUUGCAGGAUUGGCCAAGAACGUAGUUGAAUUCCUAAAGGACUGUGUUGGCUGUAUUGCCAGACAGGAGCAGCUUCCAGUUUGUAUGUGGACUCAAGAAAGACCAGAGAGUGUCCACGUGCAUUUGAAGUCUAGGGAAGUCAUCCCUGUGUUUCUAUCGACCAGGCAGAAUCGAAAUUUGGAUUCCUCUGCUCACGAGCAAAGAGCAGGAUCCAGGGUCCAGUGAGGUGCUGAGCAUGUCUUUCGCCAUGGUACGACCAACACCGGGUCACUUCCUGUGCUCUGAGAUCAGGACGCUUUCGGAGGACGACGACAACGGCAGCGAAGGAUCUGGGUCUGACGAUAAAUCCUUUAGCAUGGCUUCCCACGGCUACAACGGCUUUAAACUGGGCGCUCGCAAAAAAAGGUACGGCUGUCGAGCUGCGGCAGUCACCACAGAGGUCCAUUCACCGCUUCCUGAAGGACGGCCGAGGAACGUCGCAAAUGCCCGGGAACGAGAUCGCACGAAUAGCGUUAAUACAGCAUUUACCGCUCUGAGGACAAUGAUACCAACCGAACCAGCUGACAGGAAACUGUCUAAGAUUGAGACGUUGCGACUGGCGUCCAGUUACAUCUCUCACCUUGGAAACGUUCUGCUGGUUGGAGAUGAAUGUGGAGACGGCCAGCCCUGUCUCAGGAGCUCUCCAGGUUUAUAUCAUCAACACAACCACCACCAGAAAAACACAACACCCAGCCCAGACUCAGAAAACUCCCAGCCCAGACAAAUCUGCACCUUCUGCCUCAGUAACCAGAGACGACUGAACAAAGGCCGAGAAAGAAAAACAGCCUUAAGGAGUUAAUGAAGAGGAUCAGUUCCUUCUGACUGAACUGCACAUCCAUUGUAAAUUUGCUGUAUGUAAGCCGUGUAAAGGCUAAGUGAACGUAACUCUCUUAAUCCAGUUACAGCAAUAUAAACUUCCUAGUGGAUUGCAUCAUUAUGGACACCUACAGUGCCUUUCAGCAAUUCAAUAUGUAGAAGCAAUAAGCUAUGUUACUUUUAUCAUAAUCACUUUUUUUGACUUGAUUUUUGUAUUGAAAUGGACAAAAGGUGUAC